AUGCGAAAAGGAUCCGGUGUAUCGAUUCCUCUUGAAAAAUAUAAAAAAACACAAUCUCAGUUGACAUGGCUGAAUCAGGUCAAGGCAGUUGCAGCUAUUGACGCGAAAGAUAAAAACAAAAUCAAGGAUGCAUGGAUUUUAACAACCGGCCUUAAUAAUGGAGUAUCGAAACUUGUCGGCGAAGGUAUAUCCCAGUAUCGACUAUUGAGACGACAUCCCAAAGAUGUUGUUUGUAUCGGUUUAACAAUGUGGGGUAGUAUUAAUGAGAAAACUCGAAUUGAUUUAAAGAAAGCUAGUCAGACUGGUUCAUCAGAUGAAGCAUGCAAAUGGCAGAUUCGGGAUGAUGUACAAGAAGACAAAGAAACACUCGAUCCACAUCAUACCCAUUGCAUUCUAUUCGAUAGUGGAAGUCUCAGUGGAUAUCUCAGUGAUUUUCAACGAAGUAGCUUUGUCCAGCACGUUUGUGACGAUAAAAAUAGUCAUGCAUGUAAAGGAGGCAUUUUCGAUAAUAUGAAUUUUCAACAAAGAUUAAUUGAACUCUAA